UGCUUUAUCCAUAAUCCCAUUUACAGCAAACAAUUGAUUUACUUGUCAUGAGACAGAGGGCAAAAAUUUAGUUACUCAGAUUUGCUUGUACCGCUUGGGUUUGAUGUGUUGUCUUUCCUCUUCUACAGUGGGGCACAGACACUGAUGAGUGGUUCAAACCCUAUGUUGGGGUGCAACACUGGUGCCAUAGCCCCUGCAGGUAUAAAUCUGAGUGGCAUUUUACCAUCAGGAGGUCUGGUACCAAAUGCGCUGCCCGCUGCAAUGCAGUCUGCCUCUCAAGCAGGCAGCCCCUUUGGUUUGAAAAAUGCAUCAAAUCUUCGGCCCUUAAAUCUUCUACAGGGGUCUGACCAAGGUCCAUCCAGUCAAGAUCAGGCAUUAUCUGCCCAACAAGCUGCUGUAAUUAACCUGACUGGAGUAGGGAAUUUUAUGCAACCUCAAGCCACAGCAGUUGCGAUUCUUGCAGCAUCAAAUGGCUAUGGCAGCAGCAGCAGCAGCACAAGCAGCUCACCUGCGUCAUCAACAGCAUUCAGGCAGCCACUCAAAAAGUAAAAGAAAAAGAGGCACACCGGCCCCUCCAAAAUCCUGAGACUUGCUUGCUUUUUUUUUUUCCUCCCUCCCAAAUAAAAAAUUGAUUCAGAGGGGAUUUUUUUUUUCAGAUUAAAAAGGAGAAAGCUUAAAAACAGAUCAGUGUUUUACAUUACUGGUGGGAAAAUGAACUUUUGACGUUACACUGAAAUAAAUAAACUGGUUUUGGAAGCCAACCUUACAGAACUUAGAGAUUUCAUCUAUAAAGCAGCUAGGGUCUGGUUUCCUUAAGUCACUUAAUUUUUUAACAGAACGUUUUAUCUUGUAUUUUUUACCACUCAGCAGCAUUGUACAUAGUAUAAGGGUGAAAAACAUUUUAGAAAAAAUGAACUUUGUAAAUGUAGUAUUGGUAUUUGUUUAUUUAGUAUAAAAGGUUUGUGAACACUGUAACAAAUACAAUUUUUACAAAUCCA